UUAACUCCGCAGAAAAUUAGCAUUUUGUAGCAUCAUGGCGACUGUGGAUCCUUGUAUCGUGGAAUAUCAUGGAGGUGGUGGCGCUCACAAAUGCGGUUACUGUGGUAACAACGGCAGCUGUUCUCAUGGAUUGUGGGCUCAUUCUCUGACUGUCCAAGAUUACCAGGACCUGAUUGACAGGGGAUGGAGGAGAAGUGGGAAGUACUGCUAUAAGCCUACAAUGAACAAGACAUGCUGCCCAAACUACACCAUCAAAAUGGAGGCUCUGAACUUCAAGAUGAACAAAUCUCACAAAAAGAUACUGAAGCAGAUGAACAAGUAUCUUAUACACGGUACCGUUAAAGGGGAGCCUGCCAAAUCCUCAGAGACAAAACCUAAGCCAGAAGUGAGUGGAGCAGCAAAACCUACAGAAGACAGUACCAGUGGCAACAUAACUGAUGCCACACCUGGUCACGCACCAAAAGCACCCCCUAGACCAGGUUCAGGUGCUGACCCCAACAAACCACAAAUGAGAAAGGCUAAGGAUAUUCGUCUAGAAAGGAAGCAGUCACGAAACCUGAUCAAACUACAGAGUAUGACGGAAGAGGAGGCUAAGGCUGCACAGGAGCUCGUGAAAGGCCUCGACCGUGAGGCUAGUACCAUGAGCACAAUGAGCAUCUGUAGUUCGAAGAAUGAAGCUAAGACGCUGGCAGAUUAUCUCAGUGAACCAGACAAAGCAGAGAAGUGUGUCCACAAGUUGGAGAUUCGCCUCGUUAGAACAGCACCCCAGAGCAACGAGUUCAAAAGCAGUGAUAAGGAGUCUGCAGAGGUUUUCAAAAAAUAUCAAAUGAAGGUGCACAAAGACCAGCCCUAUGAAUGUGAUAGGGACCAGUGGCUCAACUUCCUAGUACACUCACCACUGAAGGAGGAGACCAAGAAGGGGGGAUUACCUCAGGGUUAUGGAUCUUUCCAUCAACAUUACAUUUUAGAUGGUAAAAUCAUUGCCGUAGGUGUCAUUGACAUCCUGCCUUACUGUGUGUCAUCUGUCUAUCUCUACUACCACCCAGACUACGACUUUCUGUCUUUAGGAACAUAUACAGCUCUCAGAGAAAUUGCCUUUGUUCAAGAGCUGAACAAGAAAGCCCCUGACCUUAUAUAUUACUAUAUGGGAUACUACAUACAUUCAUGUCCGAAAAUGAAAUAUAAGGGUCAGUACUUCCCAUCAUUCCUGUUGUGUCCAGAGACCUACACCUGGCUACCGAUAGCAGAGUGUGCACCUAAACUAGAUGUAAACAAAUACUCCAGGUUCGCCGCGGACGACGUAGAGGAUGACGGUGCAAAACUUGAGAUUGACACUGUGCUUGUACUUUUCUGUCGGCAAAUUAUGACUUAUGAAAUCUACAAGGCUUUGAAUGCAAAAGCACGAGACGCUAAAGAAGUGAUGGAAUAUGCCCUUUUUGUGGGAAGGAAGUGUGCACAGAGACUGUUGUUGUUUAGAAAAUCAUAGAUAUCAACAUAAACUUGAUAAUAGAAAUAUGCACAUUGAAUGUUUUGAUUAAUUGGAACUAUCGGUGUUGCAGUAUUUAUUUUAGUUAGUAAUAUUCUAAUACUAUUAUUAGCCGACAUGAAGUCUAUCCAGCAGCAAUGUUUUCCUUCAACAACUUCUGAAGAUCCAUAAGGUAUUAAGGGUCAAAAUGUUUAGCCUGUAACUUGCUGGGGUGGAGGGCUACCAAGUUUGCUGAAAUGUAUAACCUUGAUCCAUUUCUAAGGUCAUGAUCCUGAUCCAUUUUUUAAAAUCACAGGGGUAAAAUGUAUUGAAAUCUUAAAACUUCUAAAGGCCAACAGUAUUGACAUUUGGCCUGUAACUUGCCAGGAUGAAGGCUAUCAAGAUUAUUUUUUGCAAAUUAGUUUGACACACACUCAAGGUCAUAGAUGUCAUAUAUGUGUUGAAAUCUUCGAAUGAAUCUACUUAAGAUCUGUGUUGGGUAGUACAUCGUAUGUACUUUACUAGCCAGUGCCAUGCUUAAUAUUAGUCUAUUAAGUAACUUAUCAAGAUAUCUGUGUAUUAGAUCUUGUCUGACAUGUAACUUAUCAAGAUAUCUGUGUAUUAGAUCUUGUCUGACAUGUAACUUAUCAAGAUAUCUGUUUAUUAGAUCUUGUCUGGCAUGUCACUUAUCAAGAUAUCUGUGUAUUAGAUCUUGUCUGACAUGUAACUUAUCAAGAUAUUUGUGUAUUAGAUCUUGUCUGAUAUGUAACUUAUCAAGAUAUCUGUGUAUUAGAUCAUGUC